CUCUCUCUGCUCUCUCUCUCCCUCCCGCCUCAAUCUCUGUUUUACUAAGAGCUCCCAGUCUUUCCUCUCUCAUACAAGGCUCCCCUAGUAUUGUCCGUUCUUCUCUCCCUCAUUCUUUCCUUCUUUCUUUUGGUUGUAGGAUGUUACUCUGGCGACUCUUUGGUUUGAUGGGCUUCCUAACGCUUUGCAAAGGCCAGGAUAGUGGUGUAGGAGCACUGUGUGAUGACUUUACAGACCUGGACUUCCAUGAGUGCUUCCUCGGGACCACCCUGAACAUUAAGCUGCUGCUCUACACCAAGUAUAACCUACGCUGUGGCAGAGAGUUGAACCACCACCAGCUGUCCUCCCAGCCACUCUUCAACCUCUCCCUGCCCACGGCUUUCGUCAUCCACGGCUACCGGCCCACCAGGGCCCCUCCGUUCUGGGUGGACCACGUCGUCCAGCUGCUGUCUGAGCAGGAGGACAUGAACAUCUUGGUAGUGGACUGGAACAGAGGAGCUGCUAACCUCAACUACUUCACUACUGUGACCAACACACGACAGGCUGCCAACAACCUCACCGGCUUCAUACUCAACAUGCAGGCAGAGGGAGCGCCUCUGAGUUCGGUCCACCUGAUCGGGUCGAGUCUGGGAGCUCACCUGGCUGGGUUCGUAGGAGCAAACCUGAAGGGCAAGAUCGGCCGCAUCACAGGUCUGGACCCAGCGGGGCCCAUGUUCACUGGAGCGACACCUGAGGAGAGACUAGACCCUUCAGACGCCAUGUUUGUAGAUGUACUACACACUGACAUGAACUCGUUUGGUCUCAGAGGUCAACAUGGUCAUAUUGACUACUACGCCAACGGAGGAUCUGACCAGCCAGGCUGCCCCAAGACCAUCUUCUCAGGGAAGUCAUAUUUCAUGUGUGACCACCAGCGCUCUGUGUUCCUGUACCUGUGUGCUCUCAACCGAACCUGCAGUCUCACAGCCUACCCCUGCUCCUCCUACAGCGACUUCCUGGACGGCCAGUGCCUGCAGUGUGAGGCUUUUAAGCCCGCACCCUGCCCUAUGCUAGGUUAUGACGUCAGCAGGUGGAGGGAUAUUCUGCUGCGAUUGGGUCAGACCAAGGUAUACUUCACCACCACUGCCACGUUGCCCUAUAAAAAGGUCAGCUACAGGGUGGACAUGGUGACAUGGAACAGGUACCCACGCUGGGGAGUCCUCAUCCUCAGACUCCACAGUGGCAGGAACUUCACUGAGGCACGCAUUGACCGUAAGCUGUUCAGGUUUGAGAAGUACACCUCCACCCGUCUGUUGGUCCAGUUUGAUGAGGACCUUCAGCCCAUACAGAAGAUAUCCCUCAGCAUUGCUACCAGAAACGUGAUAGGCCCUCGCUACAAAAUCCGACUAAUCCGCAUCCGCCUCGCCCCCCUGGAGCAACCCGACAGGCCGCUGAUGUGUCGCUAUGACAUCAUCAUGGAGGAGAAUAUUGAGGUGGCGUUCCGCCCUCUGCCCUGCGACCCUCGUCUCUGAGCCACCACCAGAGGGCACUCUCCUCACACACAGGGCCUCCCCAGCCACACACCCAAAUGAACCACAAGGGGCAGACAGUUGACAUCGUCCCCCCCACACUGCUUCUGCCGUUGUAUGAUCUAGCCAGGCUGCAGGAUCACAUGCUUUGGCAUAGACGGUGAAGACUAGGUGGAGCCAACACUGUGUUUCUUACAGCUCUCCAGUUCUAUGAGAUCUGAUUGCAGUGUGGAUUAGGGGUCAUCUUGGUGGAAAACACAACAGAACACUGGUGAACCAUACAGAGAUAAGUGAAGAGCUGAAUAAUGAUGUCGCGGAUCAGUGGGGUUGCUGGGAGUUUUCCUCUCUCUUUCACGGCUCUCUAGUUCUGUGCCUUAUGAAGGUUGAUGGUGUUUCUAUGACAGUUCUCUAUUUUAAUGCAGUCAGAGGGCAUUCAUAACCUGCUAUAACCAGUCAUAUGAUGUUGUAACUCUUCAGUGUAGUUCCUGGUUUGUGUCAGUGUCUUGUGCAUGUGUAUUGCAGCACUGACAUAACUGAGCAGGUUAAAAAAACAACUUGAAACAAUGAAAUUGUAUUAAAAGUGGAAAUGUUUUUAUAAAUGAUAUUUAAAAAAUUAUGGUACAGUGGUGUAAUCUUAUUUUUGUAAAGACUUUGUUUCUACCUACAUUGUUUGAAAUAAAUACACCAUGUGUUUC